AUGACCUCUCUAGCAAAAACCUCGCGCUUCCUGCGCGUCCCCUCUGCUCUAUGCCUACCAUCACGGCGCAACUUCCAUAACUACUUCGUCUCACACCUCCCAUCGGCCUCCCUUUUCCCAGAUUCGCGCUCAACCGCUGGUCCUUCGGCUCCCAAUCGCGAUCUAACCGUCGUGCGCAUCCCGCUGCGCAGCGCCAAGCAUCACUUUGGCGUGGCCGUCUCCCGUGGUCAGCGCAUUCAGAAUGAGGACACCAACCAAGCCGGGACCAUCACCAUGCCCGCGUUUGCGAAGCGCCCUCCGAUCAGUCUGGUUAGAGGCCAGGACGCCGCGGCGGCGGCAAAGGCAGCGGGGAUUGGGACCACGGCAGCCAGUGCGCUUGGCGACCCGCAGGUAUUCUAUUUCGCCGUGUUUGAUGGGCAUGGAGGGACCGAGUGUAGCGAUUUCUUGAGGGACGAAUUACAUGGGUACAUCGAGCAGGCGGCUGCCGAUCUGCAGUUGCAGAGCAGCCUGCAGAAGAAAGACGACCCGAAGAAGCUCCCGUCUUCCUUACAAGACCCGUCAACGCUCUCAUCGCCGACGAUCCUCCCUCAACAUGACCACGAAGUCCCCCCCUCCGAGUCGUCGACCCCUCGGCCUCUUCGCCUGCAAUCCGACCUUCUCCAGGAGUACCGCCGCACCAUCGGCGGCUACUGGCGCCGUUUCCGACCCUCCUGCUUUACCAUUCCCCCAAUUCCUUCCUCCCGGGACCCAAACCCCCCUCCCCCGUUAACCUCUCAAGGACCAAUCACCCUCGAAACAGUCCUCACUUACGCCUUUCUCCGUGCCGACCUCGACUUCGUCACUGCGCAAGCCCGCGAUACGCGAGUCUUACUGUGCGAAACCAAGACCGGGUUAGCCGUCCCUCUGACAGCAGACCACCGUCCCUCUAGCCCGACCGAAUCUCGCCGUCUACGCCGCUACCUCUCGGACAGUCUCGUAACGGACUCCUUCGGCGAGGAACGCCUCCACGGCCUCGCCAACUCCCGCUCCUUCGGCGACAUGGGCAGCAAACGCAUCGGUGUUAGCGCCGAACCGGACAUAGUCCGCGUGGACCUGCACCCCGCUCAGUACAGCUUCAUGGUCCUCUGCUCCGACGGCGUGAGCGGGACACUGAGCGACCAGGAGAUAGUGGAUAUUGUUAAGGAGGCGGGGACGCCGGAAGAAGGGGCUAGGAGUGUAGUCGAGUAUGCGACGGAGGUUAGUUCAGAUGGGGAUAAUGCGACGUGUCUUGUGGUCAGGUUGGGGGGAUGGGAGAGGAGGUGUGAGGGCGGGCUAGGGAGUAUGGGGACGAAGGAGGUGAGGGAGAUGAGGAGGGUUGAGGCGGAGGAUCCGAGACGGAGGGGGCGGUAA